AUGCCGUGGUUAUAAUCGAAAUCCACGUACUACUGCAUUCCACCAAACAUUUUUCUUUCCUUUUCUCAGCAGCUUUUUUUCGUACACAAAUUGAGCAACCAUGCCGCUAGGUAUACUGCAAGACUACAAACUCGAAAAGGUGCCGGGGACGGCGCCGCUGAGCGAGCUGGGGCGGCUCGAUCUUGAGACUACGUCGGGGAUUGAUGUUUCCCUGCUCAAACAUGACGCGACGGGGACGGUUGUACUUAUUCCUCAGCCCUCGGAUUCGCCAAAUGAUCCGUAUAAUUGGCCGCGAUGGCAGAAGGAGAUGUUUACGGUUGUCAUUGCAUACGGAUGCGGUUGUGUAGGGGCUGUCGGACCGUUAUUAACAUCUGCUUUUGUACCUCUGGCGAAGCAAUUUGACGUCCCGUUACAACGAUUUACACUUGGUGCAAACGGAUCCUGUAUCGUAGCCAUUGCCGCCGGCAGUCUUCUCUGCAAUACUCUGGCCGUCAAGAUAGGAAAGAGACCGAUUUAUCUUGUGACUACACUGGGAUUGGCAGCUUCGAGUUUCUGGGUCGCGGGGUCUUCGAGCUUCGGUUCGUUCACUGCUGCGAGAGCUAUUCAGGGGUUUUGCAUGGCCCCUUUCGAAGCACUCAUACCGUCCUCGGUUGGCGACCUGUGGCACGUACACGAGCGCGGGUUCAGAAUGGCUAUUUUCAAUCUCGGGGUUCUGGGUGGAAUCAACUUGGCUAGUCCCAUAGCCGGAUCCAUUAUCCAAUACGGCUCUUACCGCAUCGCCAUGUACGCAAUGGGCGGCGCCUUCAUCAUCAUGUUCCUUCUAGUCUUCUUUUUCAUGCCCGAGACAGCAUACCACCGCGAUAACAUCAUAGACAUCGACACCAGCGUCCACGCCCUCGAUAUCUCGGAGAAACACAAAAAGCAGCCCGUCGAACGCAUCGAGGACAACGUACGCCACCCAUCUCCCUCAUUGGAACCCCGCGAUUCGUACAAGAAAACGCUUCAGUUUUGGUCUGGCUACAAGGACGAUGUAUCCUUCUGGCGCACGCUGAUUCGCCCUUUUGUCAUGAUUGCCAGUCCCGUAGUCAUGUGGGCAACGUUGUUGUUUACAAUCUGUAUAUCCUGGCUCGUCCUCAUUUCCAUAACGCUAUCCCAGAUCUUCUCAGCACCACCAUAUAACUUCUCAGUCAGUGCAGUCGGCGCAACAAACAUGUCUUCAUUCGUGGCGUCGGUCCUAGCCACCCUGAUAGCGGGCCCCAUCAUCGACGGCGUGGCAAAACUCAUGUCUAAGCAUAACAAUGGUAUUUUCGAACCCGAGUUCAGACUUCCAGUCAUGGUAACAUACCUCGCCUUCACCGCCGUCGGCUUCUUCGGUUGGGGCGAAGCGCUCUACAAAGCAGACCCAUGGCCCAUCCCCGUCAUUGUCUGCAUGGGCCUCAUUAAUCUCGGCGUGCAACUCGGUACUACCGCCGUAGUAACCUACGUAUCGGACUGUCACCGCGAGGAGUCUGCCGAAGCCUUCGCCAUCAUGAACUUUAUCAAGAAUCUUUUCGCAUUUGGGCUGACUUUCUACGCCAACGAUUGGAUCGCUACGCAGGGGGUAAGAGAUACGUUUUAUGUGAUUGGAGGUACGACGGUUGCAGUGACGCUGUUUACGAUUCCAAUGUAUAUUUAUGGGAAGAGGGCGAGGAGUUGGGUCAAGAGGGUUGGGGUGCUGGAUAGUGUUCUUAAAGCGAGAUGAAAUUAACGUAACGAAGAGGUGAUGGUUGCUGGCGGAUAGAGAAGAUUGGUGUAAUCACCUUCAUGAGGAACAGCGCUUAAUAACGAUUAGUGGUAAUGCCGUAUGGACAAAUGAAUGAUGACAUGUUAUGCAAAGUCUACACUAUAUAAUAGCCCCCGUACUCUGCCAUUGCAUUUGUACAACUCGGCUUUUGAGCUUUAUACAUGAAAACAGAUUUAGCGCUGGCAGCUAUCAUACAACUACGUCUCUCAUUCCAAAGAGACGGGGAGAUCAGGAUGACCCGGAGCAUCUGGCCCUUUGUUCAGCUUCUCGAGACCCAAGUUGAUAGCCGCAGCAAUAUCCAAAUUAUUCUUCUCCAAGAACAAAAAGUGCGCAUUUCCCUUGAUACCAAAAUCGGCAAGCUUGAUCCACUGGAAAUUCGUGAGACCCAUCUGCUCAAAGUACGCCACAAAGCAGUAGUCGUACGUGAUAUGCUGGCUGGCCUCGCCCGUA